AUGGCGGAUCAGCUUACCGAUGACCAGAUCUCCGAAUUCAAGGAAGCCUUCAGCCUAUUCGACAAGGAUGGAGACGGUUGCAUCACUACCAAGGAACUUGGUACUGUGAUGAGGUCUCUGGGGCAGAACCCUACUGAGGCUGAACUUCAGGACAUGAUAAAUGAAGUGGAUGCAGAUGGUAAUGGAACCAUUGACUUCCCAGAAUUUCUGAACCUCAUGGCCAGGAAGAUGAAGGAUACUGACUCUGAGGAGGAGCUGAAAGAGGCAUUCAGAGUUUUUGACAAGGAUCAAAAUGGGUUCAUUUCUGCUGCGGAGCUGCGCCAUGUGAUGACAAACCUGGGAGAGAAGCUUACUGAUGAAGAAGUUGAUGAGAUGAUACGGGAGGCUGAUGUUGAUGGUGAUGGGCAGAUCAACUACGAGGAGUUUGUUAGGGUGAUGAUGGCUAAGUGA